AUGACGCGUAAGCUGAGCAGCUCUACACGGUCGCCCACGGAGGACUCCAUCUUCCUCAGGCCGGACGAGGACCCUGUGUGGCUGGACGAACCCACAAAGACUGAUAAAAUACUGGAUGGAUUUUCAAAUAAAGACGAGUCGAAUGAAUGUAAAGACGCUCCCAACUCUCACGGAGAAGAACUGUUCCUGCACAAAGUCUACGCUCUGGUCGUCGAGAUUCACUUCUGGGUGGCACUGUUUGCUGUGUCCCAGGUCACGGGCUACUGGCUGUUCUUCGUGAUGGAAGGAAAUGGGCCAUUUUCAUCAAUCUAUAAAGCUCUGCAAGUAAUAGACUUCUACCUUAGCUUCAUCCUUCCAUGCCACCCAAUCCUCGGCGGGAAUUCCACAUUACUGAUGAAGGAGGUGGCCCACACUGAAGAGCACAAGUGGAUUGUCAAUGGCACUGCAGGCAUCAGUGUUGCCAUCUGCAUCAUCAUGAUCGUGCACAUGGUGUGUAAGUGGCGCUACGGCACAGGUCUGUGGUCGGGGCCUGUCCCAAAGGAGCUGGGGGAGCGGCGUCAGUCUGUGAGCAGACAGCCCUCCUUCACCCUCUCUGAGUGGACUGAUGCUCAGGAGGACCUCCUGGACCUAGAGCCUGUGCCCCAGACCCCAGUGUUUGACAUCACAGACACUCGCACAGAGGCCGACUCUGCCACGCUCACAGUUACUCCAGUGGGGCUCCAGGAGCGGAGGGGCUCUAAUGUGUCCCUGACUCUGGACAUGUGCACCCCUGGGUGCACUGAGCCCUAUGGUUACGGGGCACAGCUCUCACCCAGAGACCAGUCGGCACAGGAAUAUCUCCGCCAGGGGACCCAUGUCCUGACCCCUGCCCAGCUCCACAGCCGCGCCAUGGACGACCAGGCCCUGCAGGCCGAGUUUUAUGAAACUCCCAUGAACUUUGUUGAUCCAAAAGAAUAUAAUUACCCAGGGCUGGUGAGAAAGAACCGCUACAAAACCAUCUUACCAAACACACACAGCAGAGUGAUCCUAAAGUCAGACGAUGAAGAAGACUUCCUCAGUACCUACAUCAACGCCAAUUAUUUAAAGGGUUAUGAUGACGAGGAGCAGGCGUACAUCGCCACACAGGGCCCCACAGUGAACACAGUGGGGGACUUCUGGAGGAUGGUGUGGCAGGAGAGGUGUCCAAUCAUCGUCAUGAUCACAAACCUGGAAGAGAAGAAUGAGAAAUGUGCGGAGUACUGGCCUGAGGACACCGUGACCCACGAGGGCAUUGAGAUCACGGUUGUCUCGGUAACGCAGGAGGACGACUACAGUCUGAGGGUGUUUACUCUGAAGCAUGAGGGAGAGGAGCGUAGUCUGCGUCAGUACUGGUACACCUCAUGGCCAGAUCAAAAGACGCCGGACAAAGCUCCGCCCCUCCUGGAACUGGUACAGGAAGUGGAAAGGGCCAGAGAGGAAGCCCCGCCCUCCAGUGGUCCUACAAUUGUGCACUGCAGUGCUGGAAUCGGACGGACUGGCUGCUUCAUUGCCACCUCCAUCCUGUGCAAGCAGCUGAGGACCGAGGGCGUGGUGGACAUCCUGAGAGCCACCUGUCAGCUCCGUCUGGACAGGGGCGGGAUGAUCCAGACGUGUGAGCAGUACCAGUUUGUGCAUCACGUCCUGAGCCUGUACGAGAAGCAGCUUUCCCACACCUCUGAAGAGUGACCCCUCCCUCCUCCC